GAAGUCAAUCAGAUCAUGGAGACAAAUCUCUGGCUGCGACAUAUUUGGAAUGAUUAUAAAUUGCAGUGGAAUCCAGUGGAAUUUGGUGGAAUUGAAUUUAUCCAUGUGCCGUCAGACAAAAUUUGGAAACCUGAUAUUGUGCUUUACAAUAAUGCUGUUGGAGAUUUCCAGGUUGAAGGACGAACCAAAGCUCUUCUCAGAUACGAUGGCACCAUCACCUGGACACCACCUGCCAUUUUUAAAAGCUCCUGCCCCAUGGAUAUUACCUACUUUCCCUUUGAUCACCAGAAUUGCUCUCUAAAAUUUGGAUCGUGGACAUAUGACAAAGCCAAGAUAGAUCUUUUGAUUGUCGGUUCCAAAGUAGAUAUGAAAGACCUUUGGGAGAACAAUGAAUGGGAAAUAGUGGAUGCUUCUGGCUAUAAACAUGACAUAAAGUACAACUGCUGUGAGGAAAUCUACACGGAUAUAACCUAUUCUUUUUAUAUCCGAAGGCUCCCCAUGUUUUACACCAUUAAUUUGAUUAUACCUUGCCUGUUCAUUUCAUUCCUGACUGUAUUAGUAUUUUACCUUCCAUCUGACUGUGGAGAGAAAGUAACACUUUGCAUCUCUGUCCUCCUUUCACUGACUGUUUUCUUGCUGGUAAUCACAGAGACAAUUCCCUCAACUUCUUUGGUCAUCCCACUAGUGGGAGAAUACUUACUAUUCACCAUGAUAUUUGUGACACUCUCUAUUGUGGUAACAGUGUUUGUACUGAAUAUCCAUUACCGGACUCCAACUAUGCAUACGAUGCCCAACUGGGUCAAAACUGUCUUCCUUGGUCUUCUGCCCAAAUUUCUCAUGAUGAAGAGACCCAUACAGAAACAUGCUGACUCCCAACCCCCCAAACCUGCGAAAGAAAGCGCCACUAAACCCAGCAAGCCAAAGGCAGAUGAGCUUGCAGAAGUGAAAGUCCUCGGUGAGCACCAGUGCUGCCACUGUGACAACUCCAAGGAUGUGAGGAAGAAAAGGAGACAGAGUUGCCAGUCUGCCAAAUGGGAGGCUGAAUCAAUCGAGUAUUCCCCAGAGGUUAAGGAAGUCAUUAACAGCGUUCAGUUCAUCGCAGAAAACAUGAGGUGUCAGAAUGAAACUAAAGAGGUAGAAGAUGACUGGAAAUAUGUUGCCAUGGUAAUCGAUAGAGUAUUUCUGUGGGUGUUCAUAAUUCUCUGUGUAUUUGGAACAGGGGGAUUAUUCCUACAACCAUUGAUAGCAGAUGUAGAAGAUGACUGGAAAUAUGUCGCCAUGGUAAUCGAUAGAGUAUUUCUGUGGGUGUUCAUAAUUCUCUGUGUAUUUGGAACAGGGGGAUUAUUCCUACAACCAUUGAUAGCAGAUGUAUAA